GCGAGAAAAAUCUCUGGCACCUCUACCUACUCUACUCCGUACUGUCGAGGUGGGCAACAAAAUAAUUCAUUUCUCACAAUUAAACAUUCUAACAGUUUGACAGCGGCAGAUUUGUUCCUGUUCCAGUAUACAUAUACGAAACCCUCUUUGCUCUCUCUUUUUACUCUUCUCCUCUUUAAUCUUUCAUACGCCUCAAAUACCACCACCAUGGCGAGCGACAGCGUGAUUUGGGAGAUUAUAAACAACCAGUUCUGUGCCUUCAAGAUCCACACGGACAAGAAACAGACAUUCUGCCGCAAUGAGAUGAACGUCACUGGCUUCUGCAACAGGCAAUCCUGCCCGCUUGCCAAUUCCCGGUAUGCCACCGUCAGGAGACAUCCGACCAAGGACACUCUCUACCUGUACAUGAAGACGAUCGAGCGUGCGCACAUGCCGUCGCGGCUCUGGGAGAAGAUCAAGCUGCCGCGGAACUACGCCAAGGCGCUGGAGAUGAUCGACGAGCGCCUGAUCUACUGGCCCAAGUUCAUGGUCCACAAGUGCAAGCAGCGCCUCACGCGCCUGACGCAGGUCAACAUCCGCAUGCGCAAGAUCGCGUCCGAGGAGGCGCGGCUGGGCGAGAAGCUGGUGCCCAAGCUGCCGAACAAGGUGCGGAACCGGGAGGAGGCGAGGGAGCGCAAGGCCGAGGCGGCGGCCCGGCUGGAGCGCACCAUUGAGCGGGAGCUCGUGGAGCGGUUACGGUCCGGCGCCUACGGCGACCAGCCGCUCAACGUCAGCGAGUCCAUCUGGAAGCGCGUCCUGGGCGCCAUGGAGAAGGAGGGCCAGGCCAAGCGGGACAAGGACAUGGACCCUGGCAUCGAGUCGGAGGAGGAGGAGGAAGACGAGAGGGACAGCGAGGCCGAGUCCGAGGACGACUUUGAGAAGGAGGUUGAGUACGUGUCCGACUUUGAGGAGAGCGAGGACGAGGGACUUGAGGACAUUGAGGACUGGCUUGGCAGCGACGAGGAGCACGAUGAUGAUGACGAGGACGAAGAGGACGAGGACGAGGACGAGGAGGACGCCAAGCGCAAGGCGGGAGACAAGCGCAAGCGUGGCAAGGCUAUCAAGAUGAACAACAAGCGAGCCAAGCAGAAGGCACUCGAGCGGCCCAAGAUUGCCCAGGAGUUGACCUGGUAAGAGGUGGUAUUCCGAAUUAUGUUAGGAACUCGUUAUACACCUGGCGUAACAAAAGUGGGAGGGCAUUGCAAAUCUUUUUUUUUUCUUUUCUCUUUUCUUUCUUUUUCCUUCUUCGUUGGCCUUGCAAAUUAUACCCGUAACGAAUGAUUUGUCUCUGGGCUUUCGGGUUGUCAAUGUUCGUUCAGCCAUGUACACUCCUUUGGUGUUAGUGGUGCGAUGCUAUAGGGACGUCUUCAUGCCUCUGAGGUUUCCAUGUGCCUCCAGACGCCGGUGGAAGAAGCCACUGAGGGAUCGUAAAACGAGUCGCAAAAGGCGCGCCUGAACUUCUUCGACUGAAUACGAGUUUAACUUGCCUGCC